GGGACACUAAAUAGGAAAUUUCUGAUGCAGUGCCUUUUUUGCUUUCCAGAAAAUUAACGUCACAGUCCCAACUAGUCACUAUUCCUACUCAUGACCAAAUCGCUACACGUGCACAAAAAGAAGUAGUUUGAAUUUUGAUGAGCUGCUAUCUAGAAAACAGCUGCCCUUUUACUAUCUUCUUCUUCUCUUCUUCCUCUACAAACCGUGGGGCGCCAGCCUGGCAUCUUUAGACAACUUCCACACACCCAUAUAUAUAAAUUUCACUCAUUCCCCCAAAACUGAAACAACUGAAAACACACUCUCUUCCCACUUUACACUUCAAACCUCAAACCCGACCACUUUUUAGUAGAGAUUGACCAAACCUUAAAUUUUUCGAAAAGACAAACUUCGAUGGAUAUGUUGGGGAACUACUACUCAGACCCUUUUCCCGGCGUCCAAGAGUUCCACUCGCUGUCGCCGUCAUCUUCCCAAGUAGUGGUCGAAUCAUCAUCCGAUCAAGUGAAUCUAGCUUCCAACAGCCCCAAGAAGCGGGCCGGGCGGAAGAAGUUCCGCGAGACGCGCCACCCUGUCUACCGCGGCGUGCGGCGGCGGGAUUCCGGCAAGUGGGUUUGCGAGGUGAGAGAGCCCAACAAGAAAUCAAGAAUCUGGCUCGGGACUUUCACCACCGCGGAAAUGGCUGCGCGUGCUCAUGAUGUUGCGGCGCUUGCGUUGAGAGGGCCAUCGGCUUGCCUAAAUUUCGCGGACUCGACAUGGCGGCUGCCGGUUCCGACGUCGUCAACUGCUCAGGACAUUCGGAAGGCCGCGGCGGAGGCAGCCGAGGCGUUCCGUCCUCAGCCAGAAGAGGCGGCCUCAGCGAAUGCGGCGUCGACGGAGCAUUCUUUGUUUAUGGAUGAGGAAGCUCUGUUUGGGAUGCAAGGGUUGCUGUCGGAUAUGGCUGAAGGGUUGAUGCUGCCGCCACCUCUCUACAUUGAUGACGUGGAAAUGGAUGCUGAUAUGCCACUAUGGAGUUAUUCUUUCUAAUAAUAACAUAUUUUUUGGUAGAUACUAGAUAUGAUGUAAACAUUAGAGUUAUCGUACUCCACAUUUUUUUGGCAAGUACGAAUGUAAGGAAAGAGGUAUACAAAUAUGGAAUCAUUUGUUUCUGAUUA